AUGUUACUGGUAGGAAUGGUUUUCCUCGCGAUCCAACUUUCGGCAAUCCUCCUCGGCCCUGUCAUCGGCUGGUGCGUGACCGAAUCAGCACCCGAUACUCUGCCGGCGUUGCGUGGCAUCUCACGGCGCCGUUGCUUACAUUUAUCGGACUUUCCAGGCACAAACACGCUUCCUGGGCCGGACCAGAGGGCUAUGGAGAAGCCGUCUUGGUUUCGGGGCUUUUCGGUGUCGGGACAAUGUUUUCCUUUAUCCGCGGCGCUGGACUGUUCAAUUACUGGCCGCGUUGGCAAAAUUGGAAGACGAGACCCCGGUAUCUUCGGAAAGCACGGAGGUCGCUCAAGGGACUUCUCGCUGUGA